CAAUGGAUCUCGCUCCUGCUCUCAAUAUUCCAACGUGUCCCAUGCUAAUUUGUACUGCAGCACUCCCGCCUGAAAAAUCCUGUGGCGACCUUGCGCAAUCACGCGCUUCCAAUGUUCGCAUACUUAAGUAAAAAGAUUGCAAUUCCGAACAACAAGAGGUUAGUUUCCGUUGCGUGGAGUAGAGAACAUGGGUACAUCGCUUGUGGUGGUGAGGAUGGCAUGUUGAAAGUCUUGAAACUGGAGGUGCAAAGCGACUGUAAAACUAAAGGACUGGCAGCACCGGCGAAUUUAGUUAUGAAUCAGACUCUGGAAGGCCACACAGGAGAGAUUAGAUAUUUAACUUGGAAUGAAAAGUUUAGAAAGCUUACAACAUCGGACCAGAUGGGGCUUAUAAUUGUUUGGAUGUUAUACAAGGGAUCCUGGUACGAAGAAAUGAUAAACAACAGAAACAAGUCCGUUGUUAGUUGUAUGAAGUGGGAGCCAAGUGGUCAACGGAUUUGUAUUGUUUAUGAAGAUGGUGCCGCUAUCGUUGGUUCCGUGGAUGGUAACCGGCUUUGGGGAAAAGAGCUAAAUUGCGGAAAUUUACUCGCGGUCGAAUGGUCGGCAGACAGCUCCAUGAUCCUCUUCGGGCUUGUGACUGGGGAGGUUAUCGUCUACGAUUACGCUGGAAACUACUUGGUAAAAAUAUUUUAG